UUUUACAUUAUAUUUAUAAAAAAAAGUAAACAGUCAAACCUGUAAUUUCAUUAGCCAAAUUAAAAUAGAAUUAUUUACUUUCUAGUCAUGGAAGGAAUAAAAGAAGAAUCAAUUCACCAUACAGCAGUGAAACUAGCCGAUGAAAUAAAGAACCUUUCAAUAUACAAAUCAUUUUACAGUGAUGUUCAGAAACUGGUUUCAUCAAAUAAUGUAAAAAAAGAAGAUUUUAAACAAACUUUACAACAAGCAAUGAAAGAGAAAGGGCUAGAUACAAAAUUAAGAAAUACCGUUUUCCACUGGGUUCGUACUCAAAACAAGCAAAGUAAAAUAGAUCCACUGACAUCUUUAUCAAAAGCCAGUGCUCAAUGGGAGAAGAGAAUCCACAAAUCGUUGAACUCUAUGUGCUCUGACUUAGAGACUUCUUUGGCUAAAAUACGACCACAAAGCGAACAAGAGGAAUUUGCGGACAAGUGGAACGAGCUCAGCACAUACAGCUUAGAUCUAUCAAAAUACAGACCUGUUUACGCGCCUAAAGAUUUUCUAGAAGUUUUACUCACAUUAUCUGGUUAUGUUCCUUAUACAAGAGAGGAUGAACCUAAAUGGGAAUUCGCUCAUCUACCACUGCAAGUGAAGACAUUGGACCAACUGCGCAAGCUCUACAUAGAGUGGUCCAACGGCGAGCCGCUACUAGGCGUGAACCCCAACAUGCCGAGCUCAGUGCCGGGGUGUCCCACGCUCGAGGCGGAGCGCAUCGGGCUGGGAGAGCGCGUGGCGGCGCUGGGAUACGCGCCCGUCAUACAGGAGUACCUGAAGAAGGGCAGCCCGCAGUGUCUGAGGGCUAAAUUGUGGUCGCAAGUUCUAGGGGCUGAAGUGCUCACGCAGAAAGACAACUUUUUCAUCAAGCUAAAGAAAAGCGUUCUAGAGGUGGACUUGAUGAUAGACAAGUUGAUCUUCAAAGACGUGCAGUUGACGGCCUCCAAUGAUGAUCAGUACUUUGUAUUUGAAGACCUUUUAUAUCAGGUGAUGCUCUGCUUCUCCCGAGACAGUGAAGUGAGGAUGCUACUGAAAGACGGGAUCGGCACUCCGCUCACCGUCACCAUCAAGGGGCGCCAGACCUCUCCAGAUAGCGUCACUGUGUUCCCGCCCAGUGGGGUUAUCCCUUUUCACGGAUUCACUAUGUAUGCUACUCCAUUUUGCUACUUAUACGAUGAUCCUGUUCAACUUUACUACACUUUUAGAGCAUUUUACAUAAGAUACUGGCACAGGUUGCAUUACAUAUCAACACAUCCACAGGGUAUAGUUUCUUUAUGUCUCCUAUACGAGAGACUAUUAGAAGCAAACGAACCAUUACUUUGGAUACAUUUUAGAAAUAUUAAUAUAAAUCCAAUCAGAGUAGUCUUCAAAUGGCUGAUGCGAGCGUUCAGCGGGCACCUGCCCCCGGACCAACUAUUACUUCUGUGGGACGCCAUCCUCGGCUACGACUCACUAGAGAUACUACCCCUAUUAGCUCUCGCCAUAUUGAGCUUCAGGAAAGAGAACAUUUUCCAAGUAAACACUCUACAGAAUGUAGACGCAGUCCUAGCCGACUUGUCCACUGUCUCUGUUAUACCACUACUGCAGCUGUCCCUAAUGAAAUCUUAG